AUGGUCUGUCCAGACUCACCCGCAUUGCUUCUGAAUAACGUUACGAAGAACUUUUGCUGUGGCAUUUCUGGAAGUCAGUAUUGUUGCAGCGAAUCGGAAUUCAGACCUUCUCUAGCAAUAUCUCCAUCCGUACUAAUUGGCUGUGCCCUCGCAGCUUUAUUAGCAAUGAUGAUAGCAGCCCUCCUAGUGUAUGGAAGACUCCAUCCUAACAGGAAUUCCCGGCAGCCUGUAUCCAUUAUAUAUCCACAAAAUCAACUAUAUUCCUCCGGGGGCUCACACACAAGGAACAAGAGCGCUUCAACAGUACCCCCAACAGGCCGUUUGCUAUCUAGCGACUCGGAUCGACAGAGUAUGCGCCACAACCGACACAGCCCCAUCGAAUAUAGCGUCUAG